AUGCCGGUUUUGGAAUCCACACCAUUGUAUCGCUCGAAGGAGGUUGAUUUACUUUCCGCUUUCAUUACUGAUGAUAUUACAACAACUGUACCUGCCCUCAUAGUGCAUGGGUACAAAUCUAUAGGGAAGACGUACACCCUUGAUUCAUUUUUUAAUAACAGGUUAUCACCGAGAGUCAAGAAAACUAUCAUUCGGUGUGAUGAGUGCGUUACUAAGAGAGUGCUCCUACAGAGAUGUUUGAAAAGGAUUAGGGAAGAUAGUGGUAUCCCAAAGUCCAAGUAUAGUGAAAAUGUAAGUUAUAGAGGUGGAGAAGUAACAAACUUCGGAGGAGUUUGUGAAAAUUUCGAGAAUUUUAUCAUUGCCAUGGAGCAAUUCAUCGAUGAAACUGGAUACAAUGAGCCCCAUGUCUUAGUUUUGGAUCGAAUUGAUCAGUAUAUGGAAAUUGCUGAUGACUUGUAUACGGCGUUCAACAGAUUGCAUGAACAGUCCACCGUGAAGUUUUUGACGACAGUGCUAGUGAUAUCUGGAGAUUUACCGAAGGAAAUCGUUACUUCUAGUGUGCCUCAGAUCUUUUUCAAGGCAUACGAGCCAGAUCAAGUACUUGAUAUCCUUCAAUCGCAACAGUUGUGUGAGUUUAAUGCAAACUUGAGGAUUCCUACAAACAUUCAAGUGGACUUUUGGAACCAAUACACCAAGAUUAUUGUAGAUUUAUUCUUUUCAUACACUGGAUCAAGCAUGAAUGUAUUGAUAGACAUUUGUUACGAACUUUGGGAACAUUUCACCAAACCAAUUGAAUCAGGGAAAUAUCAACCUCAAGACUUCUUGAAAAUUUAUAGAGAGAUCAGGACUUCUAUAUUGGAUGAUAACGUGUUCAGCCAAUCUCUGGUUGAACCGUACAACGAAACAGAGUCCAACAAAACGAACAGCAGUAGUCUGUUUGAUUUACCUGUACAUUCUCAAUUUAUCCUUAUGGCGUGCUAUUUGGCUUCUCUUAUCGAGCCCAAAAAUGACUUACAAAUGUUUUCCAAAUUGAAAACUCUUAGAGCUGAGAAGAGUAAUAAAAAGCUGUCACCUUCUAAACCUUCUAAAUCUUCAAGACAACAAAUGACUAGGCAGAAUAUAGACACCAGAUUGCUUACUCCAGGAACUUUCGAAUUGGAGAGGAUGUUGAGUAUAUUGACGGUUAUAUAUAGAAAUGAGUCUUCUUCAUUGAGUGCAAGUAUAGAGAGAUUACACAUGAUUGAAGAAGAGAAUGAUAACUGGGAUAAAGAAUUGGCUACUUUCACCUUAAAUGCAAAUAUUGACGUGAACAGUCAACUAGCUACAUUAGCUUCACUAGGUUUGGUUCAAAGAACCAGUUCUGAUGUACUUUCUUCUCAAGCUAGAUGGAAGUGUAAUAUGUCAUGGUCUACAGCAGAGUCAAUCGCGAAGGAGUUGAACUUCCCUUUGAAGACUUACCUUGAGGAUUAG